GUCUCACGUGGCACAGGAGCUAACUAGCAUGCUCAUGACGUCUUCCACAUCCUCGACCUCCUCGACCUCCUCCUCGAUCCCCAGAGCUCAAUUCGAUGGGUCCAGACGCGUGACGUCGUGACUACGGGAGACGCGACGGAAACUAAUGUAUCUAGUGUAAGGUAAGGAACAAAAGUAAUUGACUUCUUAUUUUAUCUUCAAACAACGUUCAUUCUUUUUAUCAUAGUUGGAUGUUCUUUCUCUCUCGUGUCUUCCUGCGUACCAGCAGAGCUUCCCCUACUUCCAAGAUCCCAUUGCUCUUUUCCAAUAAACUGCAGCCGAGACUUUUGAGAGGAUAUUCAUUCCUUUGUCAACUCGAAUCUUCCUCCCAUUCGUUGCAAAAGUCAAGCAAAAUGCCUCCUAAGAGGAAGAGAUCAACAGCACCCGUGGCAGAGAACGUUCCUAACGGAGUACAUGAAUCUCCGAUCCUGCCAAAUUCGACACCCAAAGCUCCUCCGCUGAAGAAGCGAGCCUCACGUCGCAGCCAGGUUGACACGAAUCCUGACCACAAUGCUGAUAUCGUCGAUGGCAAAUAUGCACUUAGAGCAAGCCCUGACGCUGAUGAGAAGGGAGAGGCGUUUGAUGCUGCAUCUUUGGCGAAAGUCGAACCAGAGCCAGAACCAAUGCCAAAGCCUGCUGCGAAACCCAAUGGGGUAUUCAGAAAAGAGACAGGAGCAGGAGAUGAAAUGCAAAAUGGUACACCACAAGCGAAGAAACAGAAGAGAAGUCCCACCAAAAGCUCAGUAGCUGCAAAGAAAGGCUCCGAUGAAAUUAAAGCGUUCCGAGCCGAACAAGCUGCGAAGAAAGCAGCUGAAGUGAAAGUCAAGAAGGAAGAUGAUGUUGAUGAGUGGGAUAAGAGACUUGAUCCUGAUGGUGAUGAGGAGGGUCCUGCGGAGGAUGUUGAUGCGAUUAAGCUGGAGGCAAGGAGACCGCCACCGGUCAAUAGUGAUUAUUUGCCUUUACCUUGGAAAGGGAGGUUAGGAUAUGCCUGCCUCAACACUUACCUCCGCUCCUGCAAUCCACCAAUCUUUACUUCUAGAACUUGUCGCAUAGCAUCAAUCCUAGAACAUCGCCAUCCACUCAAAGACCCCUCUCAACCCGAACAUGCAACCAAAAACCGACCAGACAAGACCAAGCCCGCAUCCAUAGAGCGAGGUCAACGUUAUGUAGAAGAACUAUGUCUUGCCAAUAUCCGAGAUAUCCCCAAAAUGCUUCGCUGGAACGACAAAUACGGCAUCAAAUUCAUGCGUCUGUCAUCUGAGAUAUUCCCAUUCGCCAGUCAUGCAGAAUAUGGCUAUAAACUCGCUCCGUUCGCAAGUGAAGCACUCGCUGAAGUAGGACGUGUAGCUGGCCAACUCGGACAUCGUCUCAGUACGCAUCCGGGACAAUUCACACAACUUGGAUCUCCACGAGCAGAGGUAAUUGCAAAUGCAAUUCGCGACCUUGAGUACCACGACGAGAUGCUCUCACUUCUCAAACUUCCCGAACAAGCCAAUCGAGACGCCGUCAUGAUUCUCCACAUGGGCGGGACGUUCGGUGACAAGGACGCAACACUCGCACGCUUCAGAGCCAACUACAGUGCACUGUCUCCAUCAAUCAAAGCCCGCCUCGUCCUAGAAAACGAUGACGUCUCCUGGUCGGUCCACGAUCUCCUUUCUGUUUGUGAAGAACUUAACAUCCCACUCUGUCUCGACUUCCACCACCAUAACAUCAUCUUCUCUGCUUCCCACCUUCGCGAAGGCACACAAGACAUAACCACUCUCUACCCACGCAUCAAAGCCACCUGGACACGAAAGAACAUCACCCAGAAAAUGCACUACAGCGAGCCCUGUCCCGAAGCCAUAACAGGCCGACAGAGACGAAAGCACAAUCCCCGACCAGCUACCCUGCCGCCUUGUCCUAAUGAUAUGGAUCUCAUGAUCGAGGCGAAGGAUAAGGAACAGGCCGUUUUCGAACUGAUGCGUACCUUCAAAUUACCUGGCUGGGAAACAUUCAACAAUAUCGUUCCCUUCGAACGAGAUGACGAUAAUAGACCCCUUCCGAAGAAAGCCAAGAAGAAGAAAACGAAGAAGCAAAUCGAAGCUGAAAUACAGGAGUUCGGCCAGGAAAUAGAAGAGGAAGAUGAAGUCAUCAAGGACGUCAUUCCAGACGAGGAGAUCGGUAUGGGCGGUAAAGAGAAUAGAGUGUACUGGCCGCUUGGCAUGGAAGAGUGGUUGAGACCUAAGAAGAGGGAGAUGGCCAAGAAGAAUAAAGGUGGGGACGAAGAGGAGAUGUUUCGUAAUCCUACGCCGGCGAAUUUUAAGGCGAGGCAGGAGAUUACGAAACGUAAUAGGAAGCCGCUGAGUGAAGAAGUCAAGGAGAAGUUGGCUGAAGCUAAGAACGUAGAGGAUGUGAAGAAAGUACUGGAUGAGCUCAAGGAGCAAGAGGGUGCCGCUGUAGAUGCGGAGGGGGAGAAUGCCACUCCUGCUGUGAAGGCUAAGAACACAAAGACUGUACCAGCGAUUAGUACGCCAAACAAGAAAUCUACCCCUAAGCAGAAGUCAGUAACAAAGUCGUCGACGAAGAAAGCGAAGGGUGUCCCAACGCCGAGUGUGUCGAAUCUGGAUGACGAGGAAAGCGAGGACUUGAGUCUGCCUGAGCUUUCUGAUGACGAUGAGAGUGAAGGAGAGCAGCUUCGGAAACCGAUGUUGAAACGAGCUGCGUCUUCAAGACAGAACGGAAGAGCGCGAGGCAAGAGAAUGAGUUACGCAGAAGUGGAAGAGGAUGAGGAGUUGUAAAUACUCAAAUUUCAACCUGUAUAAUUACCCUAAACAACACCUCGAGUCAGCUGCCACCAGCUUGAAAUAUAAUCAAAGCCCAAGUUCUAUUAAUAAGCAUCCUUAGAGUUCCAAGUCGCCUUCCAACUAGCAUUCUCAGGUGAAAACGGCCACCCAACAAGCCCCAUUUUCGACCACAGGAAUUUACCUUUCAGGAAGCGAGCUUUU